GCGACGGGUCCAGAUUGGAGCCCUAGCCGGGAUCAUGGUGUUGAACUCUUGAUUAAGACAAUUGACUAUCAUAUAGUGCCUCUCUACAACCUGGCUCCAGUUGUUCAAAGAGCGGAUAACGCUAUCCACCGGAUAACACACUACCGUAAACUUUCGAUAGUGACGACCUCCCGAAAGGAGCGACCCCUCACCCCGAAAGUAACGUCAGAAAACUAUUGCCUCUAGUAAAUCCCGAAGGUAGCGAGCCCAGCCCCAGGAGAAACUUGCUCAACUUGUAGUACCUACGACAGAAAAAACGAUGUAGACAUGUAUAGAGGCCACCCAUAUGUUAGUAACAUGAAACUGGAACAAUAACGAAUUUUAUCUCAUUUUGAGAAAAGUGUUUUAUGAAUUGCCAUCUUUUAUUUCGUAAAAAUAGCUCAGCUGCACCAACGUUAUAUGACGUUUUUAUCUCCCCUAAAGUAAGGACGCCCCGAAAGUAGCGAGCUACAAAGGCUGCUAAUUCCGAAUGAAUCGAGGGUCGUUACUAUCGGAAGUUUACAGUAUCUAGUGGUUACUGCAGUUUGUUUUGUCAACAUUUAUCCACUGGAUAGCGGUUUGUCCGGUGGACGGUUUUAUCCAUCCAUUGAACAACUGGACCUGUGUUUAAAUGGACUAUAAAUUUUGUUUUUGUGGGUGAUCUUGGGAUGGACUAGCAUCCCAUCGAGGGGAGUAGAAGUACUUUUAGUUGCUUCAUGAUACAAACAUUAAGCCUUAUGGGGCAUGAUUCUUGACUAACUCAGACUUUAACUUAGAUUUCUUGGGAAUCAAACCGACAUUGACCAGUAAGUUCUUCCUUUGCCCAGGUCACCAGUUUUGCGGCCUCUUCGAUCCAAAAGUUAAAAACGCGUUUUAUUGUUCGUGUUUUUCUUUGGGUGAUUAACAAAAGCAAUUCAAUCGUUUCGGACACUCAGGCAAAAAGAAACUGAACUCUCUUUUGGAACUAAAUAUUCCUUCAAGAAGCCCGUGGGUGGCAAAGGUGACGGAAGUGAUCGUCAAAAAUCUCGAAAGGAACCACUUGAAGCAUUAGCAUCGUAGAGAGUCACCAGCUUCGUAAUGGCGGUAAGAGUGAUAGCCUCGAAUAACCUCUCUAAAAAGUAAUUAUUGGCAAAAUUUUCCUUUUCUUUCUUUCAGAGACCGAGAUAAUGCCAAAAAUGGGUAUUAAAACAAAAACACUUUAGGCGCUACCAAUGUGACACGUGAUUAAUUUGGAUAAUAAUAUAAGAACCAUCAUGGCGACCGUCAGGGCCCAUAUUGCAAAUUCUUCUCGUACCUUUAUCUUCAUUUUUAGGAGGACCCUCGGUGUACAUUGUUUUGAAGAGUGACAACAUGCAACAUGAAUGGUGCCUACGUAAUCGUUAUUUAUUGUCUUUUGCUCAUCACAAAACUCUUCUCCUACAAAAAAGCGUGAUGUCGUGUAAGUAAGUCACUCGAGAAGUCCUUUAAGAUGGUAUUACCAUGCGUCAUCUUGGCGGGCCUAUAUACUGGAGCUUCUGGCGUUACAUCAAAAGUCAGAUACUAACUGCAAUAUUCAUAAUGUUCAUUACCGUUCAAAGCUUUCACGGGGUAAGUAUUCUAAAAUGACGUUUUGGUUUUUCGAUGCGAAGUUUCAAUUGGGAUAUCUCGAUGGAAACGAAAAUAACUUGACAGCGCUCAUCUGUAAUUGUAGAGAAUGUUGACAAAAAGCUGUUUUCCUCGCUUGGUGAAACGACUACAUAAUUAAGAUUCUUAAGUCUUAUAUAAGGACCCCAUCAACCACAGCAAAUUAAUGGAGGUCCCCCUAGAAGUGAUUGGUUGGGGAGGGGGAAAGGAGUGGCUGUGCACAGGAUGGCAGCUGAUGGUGCCGAGUCAAUGUUUUUAAUUUUAUUAAAAUAUUCCCAGCGGAAUCUACCUUCGCGAUUUUCAGAUUUUGUCAGCAAAACAGUCUUCCAAAGACUACUACGAUGGCGCGGACAUUUAGCUAGCAAAGUCUACUCGCAUAAACACCCAAUAAUUUUUUUUUUGUGAAAGGCUGCCUUACAUUCUCUCAGAGCUUUCAGGACCUUAGGGCACUCAUUGAGUAAAAUCCUCACUCUAGCAAAGAGGGUGACCUGGCUGAUGGAUCUGUCUUUGCACAGCUACGCAAAGACACUACAAUGACGUCUUUGAGAAACAUGACAGCUUUUCUGAACUAAUCCAAUAUCGCUUCGGUUACUUUAGCGCGUACGUCAGUCACGCCACGAUAAGUGAUCAUACGUGGCAGUUUUAGCUUGCUCAUUUGUGAAUCGGGGUUAGAUCGACCGUCUUGCUGAAGGAAGCAGAUAGAAUAGUGACAAUAACAGACUUGCGAGCCAGUUUUAUUCUUUCUUAGCGAUGCGUCGUGGUCUUUCUUUAUUGUUGUCUGCAGUGCUGAUGAUUGCACGGACCGCAAUCUGCGACACAUCUUUGUCCCCUGCAACAUGGCCUCAAGGAGAGUUUGAACGACUGGAGAAAAUGACUCUCAACCGGUUUGAGCGACCAAAGCCAUUGGCGGUCAGCGCCGGCCAAGGGAUCGUAGCGGGAACGACUGAGCCGUUGGCUGUGCAUUCUGGAAUGGACGCGCUCAGGAAAGGCGGGAACGCCAUGGACGCAUGUUUAGCGACUGCCCUUACAGAGGUCACGCUGGCAACUGGGUCCUACGUUUCAUACGCUGGUGUCACGCAAAUCCUUUACUACGAGAAAUCCUCCGAUAGGGUAUACAGCAUUAAUGGCGGCUGGAAUACUCCCUUAGAAGGAGACCCGUCCCAGAUCCCUAAAGUCCACACUUCCGGUGAUAACGGUGCUUCAGUUCUCGUCCCAGGAUUCAUUGCUGGUGUAGCAGACGCGGCCAACAAGUUUGCGAAGUUUCCUCUAAAGACGUUGUUCGAGCCCGCGUUAUACUUCGCAGAAAACGGAUUUAAACUGUCCAGCGGCAUGGCAGCUUCCAUCAAAGCUUACUACAACGACAUAACACUUUUGAGAACAACUCAAGGUAAAAAUAUUUUUACCAACCCUGAUACCGGGAAACCAUACGCCUACAAAGAACUGUUCAAACAACCUGAGCUAGCUGAAUUCAUAAGGAACGUAUCCACCGAUGCGAAGGGGUACUUCUACAACGGGACCUGGGCCCAAGUCAUGACAUCACUGAUUCAAGAAAAAAAAGGCUUUAUAACUUUGGAUGACAUGCGCCGCUAUCAACCUAUGUGGGAGACUCCCGUCAACACGUCAUACAAUGGAUAUGAAGUGUUCGCGUCCGGGAACGACUGGGGUGGAGUUGAGCUGGUGGAAAAGUUACGUCUGAUGGAAUUGGCUGGAAUCGGUCAGACACGUGGAUCCAGUUACCUCACUAAUGCUACAGAGUUCUUCUGGCUCGCUUCUAUCUCUCGCUUUAGUUACUUUGUCUCAUUUUUCUUGCACGGUAACCCCAAUGGGCUGUCUAUCUUAAAAGAGAGCUUAGACCUUGAUUUGUCAGAUCGUCUCUCCUUUGGUUCCACUGAGGCCAUUUGGGAGAAGAUCGGCUCUCCUGAAAAGAUGACAGAAGUCAACGCCGUGAUAAGGAAACUCCUCGGAGGAAAGGAAACUGACUUUAUACAUGGGUCAGAUGCUAUAGUUGCAGCUGAUAAGGACGGAAACGUUUGCUCCAUGAUUCAUACUAUCAACAGCCAAAUGUGGGGGACGGGUCUUUUCGUCCAAGGAAUCGCCUUACCGCAUUCGGGUGCCAUAUUUAAAUCCUACGUCAAGCAGACAAGUCCUGGGGGUAGGCUGCCGGUAGCUCUACAGCCUGCUAUUGCUUUCAAGAGUGAGGAAUCAUCUGAAGGUCGUCGACCUGUCAUGGCGCUGUCUGUUGUUGGUUCAUCGUAUCCCAUCGUGGUUCCACAGUAUGUGACGAAUCUCUUGGAUAGCGACAUGAACCCCAAAGAAGCUAUGGAGUCUCCCACCUUCCUGUUGCCGGAUUUUUCUGACUUUUUCCAAGCCGUUCCUAUAGAAGAGUUCUCAGUGGCCGAGAACGUGCUACAAGAGGUGCGUGACAUGGGGCAAGGCGUGACCGAGUUGGAGUACUUGAAGGCAUUUGUACCGAUCGGCUUGGGCGUGGCGCUCACUAUAGAUGACAAUGGGGUCAUGUACGGUUGCACCCACCCCCUCAGAAGGGGACUUGCGGAAGGAGUUUAAACCUGGCGGCUGAUUUCCUCUUAGCUUACACUUGGAACAAAAUUGAUUUCAUGUGUAGGGAGAUAAGGUGGGGUCAAACAAGAAUCAAAGUCCACAAGCUAAUUUAGACAGCAGAUUUACAUUUAACGCCAUCGGGGCGCGGACAAACAAGCUCAAGCGUGCUUAAGGUGUUUUUCACUGCUUUUGCUUGGUGUAGAUUGAGAUUAGUCCACUUGAAAACUAGACGACAUUAAAAACUAGAAAAUCUCACUGAUUAGUUGUAAAACUGGAAUCAAAAGUCACGCUAACGCAGGAUUAACCUAAUUUCUUGGAACAACUUGGUCUUGCAGAUCUGACAUUGUUUGCCUAUCAACACAGUCAAAACAUGGCCCGCGAACAGGCGUUAUUUCUCGUUUUACUUUCAUUCCUUUAUUUUCUUAGUGAAACCUGUCAACAUUCUUUUCCGCCCUCAUGAAAAGUAGGCGGGUUUCAAAUUCGACAGGAACUUGUACAUGUCAUAUCUGAUGAGAGUACCAAAGAGAAGCGGUCUAACAGAAGCGAGCGUUCGGACGAAAAAUCGGUUCUAAACAAUCAUAACAGCGCUGAUGUUAACGCCUCGAGUUUAGAAAAUGCUCUCAACAAGUGCGCUGAGCACGUUCUAACCAUUAGAGAUUUUCUUCGCCCUUUCCACUCAUCCUCCCUCCCCAACAACGAAAAAAGUAAUCACCCAGAGAGCAAAUCUGCUAAGGACGUCCGCACGAAAAUCUUCAAAUUAUACAAUUAUUCCCAACUUUUACUGCGAUGAGACGAGUUUCUCGAGCCAGAUAUGCAAUAAUAACAAUGACAAUAACAAUUUCCAGGGUUGAUAUGUAAGUUGAGUCAAACAAAGGCAAACAAUCUUCGUCCUACAUUUUGGAAAUGGGUCUGUAGCGUUAAUAACUCCAAAUGUUGUCAACCUUUUCAUAUGACUUAACCGUGAAUGAGACAUUUGAAAGUUGAAAUCUUCGUAUAGCUAAACGAAGAGCUCAAAAGUACGGAAUUCAAUGAAGCUAUGGGCAAGAAUAAAACACCUAAUAAAUAGAAAUUUAUUCUUUUUAUCGAAAAAUGUCGAUAAACGGCAGGGAAAGUGAUCCACCGAAAGAAACUAAACGACGGUCUCCGAACGUUCUAGCCUGCGAGAGGGCUCACCUUGGAGUCAAGCGCGCGAGGAGUGAAGAGCAAAGCGAUCCGGUGGGAAGGAGUCUGGUAAAGAGGUGCCAAGAAAGUGAGCCUGCCUUGAUCUCUGUAAUUCGCGCUCUCGGCUACGCCGCGCGCUUGUACUCCAACAUGAGCCUGCUCGUGGGCUACGAACGUUCAAGCUUGAUGAAUCCGCGCAAAGUUACAGCAGUGACCAAUUUCACCAAAAAGUUCUGACCAGUAAAGGUAAACAACUCCACAAAUGUAAUGUUCUUGCAUCAGCUUGUUUAUUUAACAAUGAACUACAAAUCAAUCCCUUUACAGAGCCUUUCCUCCAUUACUGCUGGCCAGUAAAACGGAGGGCUCUGGAACAAAAUUAAUCACUAAUACAUGGUGACUGAAAUAAGCUGUGCAUGGGCGACAUGUUGUCAGAUUACUACUCCUCGCAUUCACUUG